AUGUCACUCCUUCGCCCUACGUGUGCUGCACUCGCGCGGCGACUUUGUACCUCGCAACCGUAUAUCGAACAUGCAUCGAGAUCCUCUAUAUUAGCUCUAAUACAAUCGCAUCGAACACCGCGAUCACAAUGCCGCGCCUUCAACACCACCCCGCGCUACCUCGCCAAAGUUAUAGAUCCACCGCAAAACCCUACAAUCCCACAGCAUCCAAAACGCACAGUACGAAUUGGACCGCUUCCAGACGGACGUGUCGAUGACGGAACAAUACAACGUAUAUUCAGUCGAAGACUGUCACCUUCCGAUGGCAACAAUGUGUUGCGAAUACUGCAUCACCGCCGGACAGCCGGCUCGCUGGCCGACUAUGGCGUAGACAACUUGGGGAAGCACUACACACACGUAAACCGCGACCUAGCACUGAAGGGCUUAGAGUGGCUACGAGAGAAAUACCCCAUAGACGAGGCGCGCGCGGCGCAAGAAUGGGCAGAGAAGGAAGCAAAUCGGAUAUCUUACGAGCUGUGGCUGGCAGACCCAGAGACCGAGUCAAAGUACAAAGACCCCGCUCGCGCUUUUAAAGAGCAGAUGGAGAAGGAAGAGCAAGAAAGACAGCAGCAAGAGCUCGACGGCCGGAAAAUCGGUAUCCUGCACGUCGGCAAGUCGCAGUUUGAGCGCAACAUUGAGGAGAAACGACGCGAGCGCUUGGAAGAGAUUACGCGGAUAGCAGAGGAGAAGGAGCAGAAGGAGAGGGAGAUGGAAGAGAAGCUAGAGAGUGGAGAAUGGGUGCGGACGCCUACGGGUACACAGCUCAUGAAGCCGGGCCAGUCUACGUACGUGGAUGUUUUUGGACGGGAGCAGGUUAGUCGAAGGAAAGAGGAGCAGGAGAAAUAUUCAAAAGCAUCUGCUGCCACGGAUGCGAAGACACCAGAAGAACUCUUAGCGCAAACCACUCUGAUCGAACGAAUUUGGCCCAUGUCCACAUUCGUUUUGGCAGUCGUACUGCUGUCAAUCGGCGCCGCACACUACUAUACGCCCCCCGCGCCCGCCUACCGCCUCUAUCCCGACCUCUCGCCCACAACAGCCACCAUAGGCGCUCUCCUCGCGCUCAACUGCGGACUUGCAAUAGCAUGGCGCUUCAUGCCGCUCUGGCCCCUUCUGACGCGCUACUUCAUGCACGUCCCCGGGUACCCGCGCGCCUUCCAGGCCAUCGGGAACGUGUUCAGCCACGUGCAAUACGAGCAUUUGCUCGCCAACAUGAUGAUGCUGUGUCUCGUGGGGCCAGUAGCUCAUGACCUCGUUGGGCGCGGCACGUUCAUCGGAACAUACAUCAGCGCCGGUGCGGUGGGCACGCUCUUUAGUCUGUACUGGGCGAACCUGGGCCGCGGAAACAUCAUGGCGCACUCUGUGGGCGCGAGUGCGGCUAUCUGGGGUGUCGCCGCGCUCUUCUGCCUGCUUACCGACCAGGAGAAACUCAAGAUUCCGUUCUUCAAGGACAAGGAAGUGGCGUUUUGGCCCAAGAUGCUGUUUGUCGCGUUUGUGCUGUGGGAAAUUCAGACUGCGCUCAAGAAGAAGAUGACGACUAUGGACCAUGCGAGUCAUUUUGGUGGCAUGUUUGUGGGUAUCGGCACGGCGGGGUACAUGCGGGCUACGGGGUUCCAUGAGAAGAAGUUGGGGUUGAAGGAGGGCGAUGGCAUGCAGGCGCGGGCUGAUGUUGAUGCGAAGACAGUGGAUGUUGGCGCCAUGGCGAAAGAGGGGGUCAAGGAAGUGAGGGAGAGUCUGACGAGGGGGAAUAAGUAA